CUUUCUCUCUAAAUUCUAAGUUUCUAACCCCCAAGGCCCCAACUUCUCACAUUCAAACCCCACGUUGCCCGAUUGCUACUGUAAUUUUUUCAACCUAAAUUCUAAAACCCGCAAUUAUCACAGUCAAGCCCCACGUUGCUGUUUGCUGGCGACUGUCGAAGAUCCGGCAAGGUGAUACAUUAUACAUCUGAUGAACUUGGAACCCUAAAACUGUACGUCUACAGAAUAAUGGGCAGAAGAAGAGGAAGAUAUCCAUCUUCGACGCUUUCACCGGCAGUAGUUAACGCCCGAAUCGCAAGCUGUAACGUCGGCCAUCUCUAUCCCGAGGACAUUGCCAACCAUCUCUACAAUGCUUACGUCGAUUACAAGAAAUUCAAACGCACCCCCUUCGUCCUCAAAAUUACACAAAUCCUCAAACACCAACACCUUCAUGACACUGACGUAUGUGUUCCGAAGCCGCCAAAGAAGAAGCGAAAGCGUGUCGCCGAUGCUUCGGCUUCUGAAAUAUCGUCCGUCAGUGGUAGUGAUGGUGACGAUGAGCCCGAGCCCGAGUCCGAGCCGCAGUUUGAUAUGAUGAAAUCUAUGCUUAGGGCUGGAUAUUACAGAGAUAAAAUACAUGAAUCAAAAUCGAAAGAGAUGAAUUUGGAUAUCAAGGUGUUAAAGAAGGAGAAAAGCGAUGCGAAUUCGACGGAACCGGAAUUAGGGUUCCAGAGGGGUCUUACUAUAAGUAGUAAUAGUACUAAUGAUAAUGAUAGCGAUGGUGAUAGUUAUAGUGAUGAGCCUCCUCCUAAGUUUAGUGAUUUUGGAGGGAUUAAGAAAGAGCUACAAGAAUUGGAGAGGGAAGUGAUUUUGCCUUUACGAAACCCCAAGCUACUGCAAUGGCUUAACGUGAAGCCUGUUUCCGGCAUUUUGCUUCAUGGUCCUCCCGGUUGUGGAAAGACUCGCUUAGCUCAAGCCAUUGCGUAUGAGUCUGGCUUGCCUCUUUUUCAGAUUUCUGCCUCCGAACUUGUGUCUGGUGUCUCAGGUGCAUCGGAGGAGAAGAUUCGGGAGCUCUUCUCGAAAGCAUACAAAAAUGCUCCCUCAAUUGUUUUCAUUGAUGAGUUUGACGCAAUUGGUUCUAAACGAGAAAGCACACAUAGUGGGAUGGAGCGACGGAUUGUAACUCAAUUAUUGACAUGCAUGGAUAAAUCCCGUAGGCUUGUAAAGUGUAAUAGGGGAGCUGCUAAUUCUGAACCUGUUGAGAGAUUAGGCUGCUAUGUUCUUGUUGUCGGAGCUACCAACAGACCAGAUGCUCUUGACCCUGCAUUGAGGAGGCCUGGGAGAUUUGAUAAGGAGAUUUUACUAGAUGUUCCCCAUGAAGAUGCGAGGGCUGAGAUACUCUCCUUAUUGACGAAGAAUACAAAGCUUGAAAGUGAAGUUGAUGUGACAAAAAUAGCCAGGGAAACUCCAGGUUUUGUUGGUGCCGAUUUAGCAUAUUUGGUUAACAAGGCCGGGAUUAUUGCCAUGAAUAGGUUCAUUGAUCAAAGAAAGUUGGGGCUUUGUAAUCACUUGGAGGAUCAGCGGUUUGAAUCGCAUGAAGAUAUGGAAAAACUAAGAAUUUCAACUGUGGAUUUUGAGGAGGCAACUAAAACAGUGCAACCCUCUUUACGAAGAGAAGGCUUCACUGAGAUCCCAACUGAGACAUGGGAAGAUGUUGGAGGGCUGAACGAGAUGAGAAAGGAUUUUGAACGUCAUAUUGUUGAUCGUAUAAAAUGCCCUCAACUUUAUGAGAAAGUUGGAGUGACAUCGGCGACAGGCUACUUGCUUUUUGGCCCUCCUGGCUGUGGCAAGACUUUGAUUGCCAAGGCUGUUGCUCAUGAGGCUGGAGCAAAUUUUAUACACAUCAAGGGCCCUGAACUUUUAAACAAAUAUGUUGGUGAGAGUGAAUUCAAUGUAAGGAUGUUAUUUCAUCGUGCAAGAAGUUGUUCUCCAUGCAUACUCUUCUUUGAUGAGGUUGACGCUUUGACAAGGGAGCGUGGAACAGAAGGGGGACAGGUUGCUGAACGACUUCUAAACCAGCUUUUGAUUGAGCUAGAUGGUGGUGAACAUCGUCGGGGUGUUUAUGUAAUUGGUGCUACAAAUCGGCCUGAGGUGGUGGAUCGUGCACUUUUGAGGCCCGGGAGAUUUGGAAAACCAUUGUAUGUCCCUCUACCAAAACCAGAUGAACGUGGCCUAAUACUAAAAACUCUGGCCAGGAAAAAACCAGUAGAUGCGAGUGUGAAUUUACUUGAACUGGGGAAGAGUGAGAUUUGUGAAAAUCUGAGUGGUGCAGACCUUGCCGAUCUGAUGGAAAAAGCUGCUCUGGCUCUAAAGGAUGAGAUACGGCCUUGUUUUGAAGCGGAUCGUAGUGUUUUUGCUGCCACAAAAUAUACUAUUAAGCGUCCCCAUUUUGAGCUAGCAAGGAGUAUAGUUUCUCCGUCUGUGUCUGAAGAGCAAAAGCGGCACUAUGAUGAGAUAUCCAAGGGUUUUGGAAGGAAAUAAUUUAUUAUCCAUGACAUCGGUGAUGCUAUUGCUAAGAUGGAUGUUCGAAACAUGGAUGCAUGUUGGCUCCUGCAAGGUCUAUAGUUCAAGCUGACUUAUUCUCUUUUUACUGGCUGACUGGCUCCUGUAGUACAACUGAACCACUACUAAUGCUUGGGGCUGAAGCUCAACUCAAGUAGUUUAACACUUGUUCUGCUUUAGAUUCCAUUAUUAUGUUUC